AUGAUGACGGCAGAGCGGCCGCCGGCGCGCUCGCCAUCGCGUUGUGACCAAACGACAACGGGGCAUCGAAGCCUGCGAGCUCGGCCGGGGCGGCGGCGGCCUCCGCGACGCAGCAGCAGCCGUGUUGAUGCACUUCCACACUUCCAGACAUGGCUCCUACUCAUCGUGCUCAUCGCAUCCGUCAUGUCUCUAGCCCGGGCGUCGGACGUGCACCAUCGUUCGCCGGCGCAGCGGCAGCAGCGACACUUGCUGCACAAGCGUGAGGCCCAAGCUCGGACCACCCCGAUCGCCGCGACGACCGACGCGGGACCGGUCCCGACGACGACCCCGAACAUUGCACCUACCACAGCACCGGCCACGACAACCGCCGUCACUACUACACCUACGACGCAACCUGCCGCCACCACAAACGGUCAGUUGUGGUGUCUUUCCCAGAGGGGCCUAGCCAGGCCAAAAGUCUCGGACGCGCUCGCCGAAUGCGAGAUUAGCGGUCGGGGACCAGAAUGUUCAAGAGAGAGUGUCACUGAUGCAGUCAGAUAUCUAACCGCCCGACUGCUUCUGCUGCUGAUUCAGAUGAUGUGACGACAACAACAAAGAAAAAGAAGGCCCACUCGUCCGACACGACGACUGCGGCGGCCGUCGCGACGACGACGCCGACGACGACGACAACGACGCCCCUCUCAUUGGCGGUCGCCCCCUCGAAUACGACAGCGGCGGCGCCCCUCGUCGUUAUCACGGUGACGUCGAUCGUGACGAACCCCGACGGAUCGACGUCGAUAGCGGCGGUCGUCAACCCCGCCGCGACGGCGGACUCGGCGACGAGUCGCACCACGUCCGGUGGAUCGUCGGCGUCGCGGACGUACGCGAUCAUAGGGGGUGUGCUCGGCAGCGUCGUCGGAUUGCUGCUCCUGUUGAUCCUGCUGUAUAAGCUCGCGCAGCACCGCGGCUGGGGAGGCGACGGGCGCCUCGGUCGCUUCAUCAACGAACCGUUUGGGGCUGGACCGAACGGCAAGGAGAUCAAGUGGCCCGAAUUGCAGCCCGACGGCCAGACCGUGUCGACGGGCCUCGCGACUUUGAACCCGAUGGGGACGCGCAAGACCGGUGGCGCCGGGAUCAGCAUGGGCGAAAAGGAUGACGAGGACGAGUUUUUGGACAACGAGGAAGAAGAGCUUAGCGGUAACGGCUCGUGGGACGAGAUCAAGAUGCCCGACGGGUCGAUCGUGCGGCGGCCGAGCACCAAGUGCGGCGGCGUUGGCGGUGCUGCAAUCCAGCGGAGCGUGACGGGAAGCAUGAGCAGCCACUACACCGUCGGGGGCGCGAACGGACCAGGGAGUAGGACCAGUCACUGUCAGUCGUCCUAUCAAUCGCUGCAACUGGAUACGUCGCGUACUGAUGAAAGCCACAACCCCACCUUCACACACAGAUGACUCGUACCGGUCGCCGUCGCCGGCCAUGUCGUUCCACCGCCCGCAGUCGCCGCAGAUCCUCUACCCCGUCAAUCUCCACCGCGCCCCUUCGAACCCUCACCUCCACGGACCGUACGCGAUGCACCCGCCCCCGCCCGCGGUGCUCCAAUCUUACCCCUAUCCGCACCCGCACCCGCACGCCGCGCAAUCGGCCCUGCAGAGGUACCGGACCCUCGCCCUCGCUCCGGUGAACCACGGCCCACCGGCCGCUCCACCAUCGCAGCCGCGUCCUCGUUCGCUCAUGCAUCGACCGUCGAGCAUCAGUCUAUUCCCGCUCUCGACCUCACCGGCACCCCCGAGCCCGCUCCCGAGCCCUUCGCCGACGAGCGGGGGUUCGCACUCGUCGCACCAUUACCCCUCCUCGCCGCGCAUGGAACAAGGGUCCGUCCAUCCCGACCGGAGCAAUUCCAACUCGUCGAAUUCAUCGCAUGGAUCGUCUUCGUCUUCGUCGGCGGCGCGGCGCAAGCAACAGCAGCAACAGCAGCGGUAUCAGCAGCAGAAGGAGCCAGCGUUUUUGGGCCACGGGCAGGGGUUCUCGGCGGAUUUGUACGCGCCGCGGGAAGGGGUCCAGAGGCAGUUGAGCGUCAGGAAUGUCUGA